AUGAGACCCGUCGACGUGACUCCAGCGAUCGCCGAUAAACUUUUAAAUACGGUAUACAGCAAUAUAAAAAUCGCGGCUCCGGCGAAAUUCAAAGUAGCCGAUCCGGUACGCGUCAGCAAGUUUAAGACGAUCUUCGAGAAAAGCUUCACACCUAACUGGACCGAGAUUUUUCGAACAAUCAAGAUACAACGGACUAAUCCUGUAACGUAUCUGCUGAAGAAGGAUUCGUGCGGCGAACCGUUCGCCGGAGGAUUCUACGAGCACGAGUUGCUGCACGUCGACGAUCUUAUCUCGUCGACGACGUGUAUCUCGUGGAAAAGGUGCUGCGUCGAAGGGGCAACGAGGUUUACGUGA